GAGAAUGAGAGGGAGCGAGAUUUGCAUGAUGUGGUUUAAGAAGCUCCUACCUGGUGUAAUAAGAUUGACAAACAUUUCUUUCUUCCUUGCUGUGAGCGCGUGGCAAAAGCUCUCCUUCGCCGGAACGGCUACUCUUUAGGUCUGGAUUACUGCUUGAAGAAAUGGUGUCUUUGCAAAAGUUUCCAUCAGUACAUCAUGCAUACUUAUUAAAUGCAUCCCCUCAGCAGGGAUUGUUUAGGAUCAACCCCAACCGAAGAGGUCCUGGCUUUCUUAUCAGAUCAGAACAAGUGUCUGAAGUUCCGAUUUCCUCUUGCCAAGAUAGACCUGGAAGACGUCAAUUUCUUGCCAUGGGAUCAACAAUUGCCCCUUUGUUGCUAAUCUCUUAUCAGACACCAACAUCAUUUGCUGCAGAAUCUAAGAAGGGAUUUCUGCCCGUCACAGACAAGAAAGACGGAUACUCCUUCUUCUAUCCUUUUGGGUGGCAGGAGGUAGUUGUCGACGGUCAAGAUAAGGUUUUCAAAGAUGUUAUUGAACCACUAGAAAGUGUCAGUGUAAAUGUGAUACCCACCAUCAAACAUGAUAUUCGAGAUUUUGGUUCACCACAACAGGUUGCUGAAACUUUAAUAAAAAAGUUUUUAGCAUCACCUUCUCAAAAGACAAAAGUGAUUGAAGCAUCAGAGCAUGACGUUGAAGGGAAAACUUAUUACACAUUCGAAUUUACUGCACAAGCCCCAAAUUUUACUCGCCACGCCCUCGCUGCAGUCUGCAUUGGCAAUGGGAAGUUCUAUACAUUGACAACUGGGGCAAAUGAGAGGAGAUGGGGGAAGAUGAAAGACAGAUUACGUACCGUAGUCGAUUCCUUCCAAAUUUUCAAUGUUUAAUGUACUAGAAUUUGCACUUGUAUCUUGCUUUCACGGUGACAGGUUUUCAGGAAAAGCACCAAACAUUAGAGGCUGUAUAAUCUAUGUAGAUAUGAGCAUUCUCUUUAAACAUUAGAGGCUGUAUUCUCUAUGUAGAUAUCAUGAGCAUUCUCUUUUUGUCAAUCCUUUCCUGUCGAAAAUCAUUACAAGAAUUUGUAGAAAGAGCAUUUGUGGAAUUCAACUUCAAUGUUAUCCGCAUGUUUAAUU